ACUAUUGAAUGCAUUGGCAAUACAUAAGCAUAGAAUAGUCUCAAACACAUAGUAUAUGUUAGUGUUUAGUGUCUAUCCUAUUGUGUGUGCGCUUUAUAUAUACAUACUAUUGCUUAUGUAGUCUAUGUGUUAGAGAGAGAGAGUCCAUACCAUUAAGCCAUUCACUCACUGGUGUUUCAUAGCCGGCGUGCUCUCAGUGUAUAACAUCUAAUAUAUUAACUAUACAUACAGUGUCUCUCAUCAAACAAACAGUAUUGCCAUUGAAUUUGUUGGUCGACUGACAACAACACAGCCAUCAAAAACACACACAACCAUCACUUACUCUCGACGAGUGGCCGAAGACAUUAGGACAGACACUCCCGAUAACAACUACCACAACAACCGCGUGAGUGACCGACAACAACAACAGCAACAAUGUCGUCGACAGCGACCAAUAAUACUACAGGAGGUCCGACACCAUCAAAAAAAUUGAAGAAAGACGAUAGCGAAGCGGUAACCGAUAGCACAGCCGCCACCGCUACAGCCGCCACCACCACAGCCAACAACAACAACAACAGCAGCAACGGUGAAGUCAAGACAACUAACAACAAUAGUUCCGCCGCCGCCGCUUCAGCAGCAGCUGCGGCCGCUGCUGCAGCAGCCGCCGAAGCUGCCGCUCUGGAGGACGAUUCACGUGACUACGAUCCCGAAACACAGAAGACAUUGGAAGAGAUCGAUGCCACACAAAAUGAAAUUGAUUCCUUGAAUGAAAAAGCCAGCGAAGAGAUCCUGAAAGUCGAACAGAAGUACAAUAAACUAAGGAAACCAUUCUUCGAGAAACGAAACGAAUUGAUAGCUAAGAUACCAAACUUUUGGGUUACAGCUUUUGUAAAUCAUCCGCAAAUAUCUGCUAUACUCGAUGAAGACGAAGAAGAAUGUCUGCAUUUCUUGUCGAAGCUGGAAGUGGAAGAAUUCGAAGACAUUAAGUCUGGCUAUAGAAUCAAAUUCUAUUUCGAUGACAAUCCGUACUUUGAAAACGAUUUACUUGAAAAGGAGUUCCAUUUAGGUGCUGGAGGAGAUCCGGCCUCAAAGUCUACACCAAUCAAAUGGCGAGACGGUUCGGAUCUAUCUAAACGACUACAGGACCAACAGUCUGCGUACAACAAGAAUGAAAACGAUACGAACGCCAAGUCUUCAUCGGCGGCCGCUUCGCGAAAACGUCAGAUGGAAUUUCCCCGUACAUUCUUCACAUGGUUUACCGAUCACGGCGAUGCAUCUGCCGAUGAUAUUGCCGAAGUAAUCAAAGACGAUAUGUGGCCAAAUCCGUUGCAAUAUUUUCUGGUACCCGAUAUUGAAGUGGAAAACGGCGGUCUGGAUGGCGAAGACGGUGACGAAGAUUCCGACGACGACGAAAACGAUGAAUCGGUUGUUGUUGUCGAAGAAGAGGAUGACGACGGAGAGGGUGAUGAAGAGUGCGAUGACGAUGAAGAGCUGUACGAUGGAGAUGAUGGUGACGACGGCGAAGGUGGUCCCGACGAGGAUGACGAUGACGGCGAUGCCGAUUAAAGUGGUGGCCGGCCGGACGUCGGCGGCGCUAAUGGGUGGACAUACGUUGUCCCCCUCCACUGCAUACAUACCCCCCUCUCCCCCACCCACCCACAAACACACACACACUCUUACAUUAACUAUUCGUUUAUUAUAUAUAUAUAUAUAUAUAUUAUUUUUUCACACACACACACACACAAACACUUACUGUAAAACUUAAA